AUGGCUCUACUCAAGUUCCUUCCCAUCAUUCUCCUACUCUCUUCCUUCCACUUCCCAUCCCACGGGCUAACCGACCGAAGCCAAACCCUUGAAUCCAUGAUCCUCAAGUCGUGCGAUGAAAUCGACGGCCGAGCCUCGUGCCUCUCAAACAUCCGAUCGCGAAUCAAAUCACAAGACCACGUCUCGGUCCUCAAGGCCGCCCUCCAAAAUGCGCUCGACGAGGCACGUUCUGCUACCGACAGGGUCACCACAUUCAACACACUGUCGUCGUCUGCAAGCCACCGGGAACAACUAGCCCUCGAGGACUGCAGGGAGCUCCUCGAUUUCUCGGUGUCUGAGCUCGCCCUCUCUCAAGUAACUCAACUCAUAGGGAACGUGCUCACGUUGUACUCCGAAAUGAACCACCCACCUUUCGAGCCGGCCCAAAAAAGUAACUAUGGUAGUUACAAUAGUAAUCGUGAUUAUUAUGAAGAGAACGUAGAUUUCGGGGAUUUCCCGAAAUGGAUGAGCGAAGGGGACAAGGAAAUGCUUGCCUCGAGUCCUAAUCGCAACAUGCAUGUGGACUCAACGGUGGCAUUGGAUGGGAGUGGGGACUACCGGUCGAUAGGGCAAGCGAUAGCUGAGGCACCGAGCCAUAAUGUGAGGAGGUACGUGAUACAUGUGAAGGCAGGAGUUUACAAGGAGAAUAUAGACAUGAAGAGGAAGAAAACAAACAUCAUGCUCGUUGGGGAUGGAAUCGGGAAAACCAUUAUCACGGGGAAUCGGAACUUCAAGCAAGGGUGGACGACGUUUCGAACCGCCACAUUUGCUGUCUCAGGUAAGGGGUUUAUCGCAAGGGACAUCACCUUCCGAAACACGGCGGGCCCCGAGAACCACCAAGGAGUCGCUCUCCGAGUCGACUCGGACCAAUCGACCUUCUACCGUUGCAGCAUGGAAGGUCAUCAGGACACACUCUAUGCCCACUCCCUUCGCCAGUUCUACCGCGAAUGCACAGUCUCCGGCACAAUUGACUUCGUGUUCGGCAACGGCGCUGCUGUCCUCCAAAACUGCCGCAUCCUCACGCGGGACCCGCUGCCUCUCCAGAAGGUCACCAUCACCGCACAGGGCCGCAAGGACCCUCGCCAGGCCACGGGCUUCACAAUCCAGGACAGCUACGUGUACGCGACUCGGCCCACUUACCUGGGCCGGCCCUGGAAGAUGUACUCCCGGACCGUGUUUAUCAACACGUACAUGAGCCCAAUGGUGCAGCCAAGGGGGUGGCUCGAGUGGUACGGGGACUUUGGGUUGGCGACAUUGUGGUACGGUGAGUACAAAAACUACGGGCCGGGGGCUUCGCUUCUCGGUAGGGUGCGGUGGCCCGGUUAUCAUAAGGCCAUCUCGACCAUCUGCGAGACGACCGACUACCAACGCUCCUGCGAGGAAGCCCUCGUCUCCUCCGGCGCUGGAAACUCGACCGACCCAAAGGACCUCAUCGCAGCCGCCUUCCAAGCCGCCAUCCGCAAGAUCGGCGAGGCCGCCGAGCGCUCGUCGGUCCUCCGUGCCGCACAGUCCGACCCGCGGGCCCGCGCAGCCCUCGACAGUUGCCGCGAGCUGGCGGGCCAAGCCUCUCGGGACCUCGAGCGAUCGUACGCCAAGUUCAACAACUUCGACAUCACCAACGUGGAUGAUAUCCUCGUCGAGCUCAAGGUUUGGCUUAGCGGCGCCAUCACUAACGAGGAGACGUGCCUCGAUGGGUUCGAGGGGGUCCCGGGGGACGCCGACGACCGUAUGCGGGCCGCCCUUAAGUCGUCCAUGGAGAUGACGAGCAACGCGCUCGCCAUGGUGGCGGAGAUCUCGACUUUUUUGGAGACGAUGGGAAUUCAAGGGUUCAAGAGUAGUCGCCGCCGACUCCUCUCAUCAUCUGUGUUGGGCCACGACGCGGAGCUUCCGGAAUGGAUGGAUUUCGAGUGGACACAGAGGAGGCUCAUGACGGAAGCUUCUUUUUCACCGCAACAAAUUAAGCCGAACGUAGUGGUGGCUAAGGAUGGUACCGGAAAGUACCGGACGAUAAACGAGGCACUAAAAGACGUGCCCAAAAACAACAACCGGACAUUCGUGGUGUACGUGAAAGAGGGAGUUUAUGAAGAGAAGGUGUGGAUCAACAGCAGUCUCACUCACCUUAUGAUCGUCGGGGAUGGGCCCACCAAGACGAGAAUAACAGGUCGAUUGAACUUCAUCGACGGAACCGGGACCUACCAAACAGCCACCGUCGCCGUGCAAGCGGACGACUUCAUAGCUAGGGACAUCGGGUUCGAAAACUCUGCUGGACCCGAAAAGCACCAAGCUGUUGCGUUGCGUGUGAGUGCCGACCGGGCAAUCUUCUACAACUGCCACAUGGACGGUUACCAGGACACGUUGUACGUGCACACGUACCGCCAGUUCUAUCGGGAUUGCGUAAUCUCCGGCACCAUCGACUUUAUCUUUGGUGAUGCCGCGGCCGUUUUCCAAGGGUGCACGCUGCUUGUUCGGAAGCCGCUCGACAAUCAACAGAACAUCGUGACAGCUCAGGGCCGAAAAGACGUUCGCCAGCCCACGGGUCUCGUCAUCCAGAACUGCACAUUUAGGGCCGACCCGGAAUACUACCCGCACCGUAACAAGAUAAAGUCGUACCUCGGCAGGCCGUGGAAAGAGUACUCAAGGACCAUCAUCAUGGAGUCAUUUGUUGAUGAUUUCAUCCAGCCGCAAGGGUGGCUCCCUUGGAAUGAGACCUUCGCUCUCAACACACUCUUCUACACUGAGUUCAACAACCGCGGGCCCGGCGCACCCAAAGCCCAACGGGCCAAAUGGGCCGGAGUCAAGGAGCUCCCGCCGGCCCGUAUCCAGCGGUUCACCGCCGCCGAGUUCCUGGACGGAAACCGCUGGAUUCCACCAACUCGCGUACCUUACGCGGCCGGGUUUAUAUUCCCGGUGCCCAAGGAGGACCCGAACAUCAAGUACUCGCCGGUCGUUCCCGAAGAAAACAAGGAUCUCGGCUCGGUUAUCGAUAAGACCUCGUAUGUGGCUAAUAAGAACAAUACAGGGUCAGGCCAGGCGGCCGCCCCACCGCCGCCACCGCCACCACCGCCGGUCUCGAUGUCAGCUCCGGAAAUAGCUAUCCCUCUUGAUAUCCUCCCGAGCGCCAGUGCUCCCGAGUCGUCUAUAACGGCUUCUCCAUCGUUAUCUCCUGUCGGGAAUCCUUCGGUCGGGAUUUCUCAGCCCAUUUUUGGUGUCUCGCCAUUCGUGUUGCCGGUCGGAGGUGACUCGCAAUCAUCCGGCGGAGACUCCUUUCACUCUGUGGGGUCGGAUGUUGCUUCAACUCCGGCCAACUCUCGUUCACCUUCGAGUGCUCUAUCAAAUACGAGAAGUUCAGAUGUCCAGCAGAGCCUGGCUCCGGGGGUUGUUCAGGAAGGUUUGGCUGCGGCAGAAGCUCCGGUGGUUGCUCAGGGAGGUGAUUUGGCGGCAGCAGAAACUCCAGUGGUUGCUCAGGGAGGUGAUUUGGCGGCGGCAGCUCCAACUCCGGCUACUUCUACCGGUAGCAGCUCAGUGCCAGCAGCUUCUCCAGCUGUCUCGGCAAGUGGAAGUGUAGCUGCUACUCCCGAGUCAUUAGAUGCAUUCUUUGAUGCUUCCCCUCCAAGCUAG